GCGGACGGCCAUGGCCACCCCGCGGAGCCUCGCGCGCGGGCUGACGCCGCAGGAGGAGGAGGUGAUCAAAGUGUCCUUCGACUCUUUCGCCGAGGAGGUCGUGCAAAAGGACCCAGAGACUGGCGAGACCACCAAGAAGAAGUGCAUCACCAUGGCGGGGCUCGAGGAGGCGUUCCAGGCCAUCGGCGCCUUCAACGACAUCAAAGACAUCCAGCUGCUCUGCGACGACAUGGACAACGACGGGAAUGGCCUCGUCGACGAGUCCGAGUGGAGGCAAGUGAUGACGACCAAGUUCUUGGGCGAGAACGACGACGAAACCUUCGUGCACUCUUGCUCCAUGCUGGACGACAAUAAGGACAGAUGGCUACAUCCCCAUGGUGGAGCUCCGGAAGAUGCUGACCACGGAGGGCCAGCUCCCGCUGAGCGACCUGGAGGUCGACGAGCUGCUGUUGUUCGCCGACGCUGA